UCCCUCUGCACGGCUGGGCAAACCUGAAGCGAAACUGCCGAGUCCACCAUGGCGACCGGGGCGCUGCUCUCCUUCUCCCGUUUCCGAAGGGGUUCGGCCGCUCGGCUCCCGCCUGUCUUCGCCGGGCUGCAGAGGAGUUACAGCCAGGACUCUCAGUACUUGCACCGCAGCCUCGUCCCCACUAUGCAUUAUCAGAAGAGCCUGCCCCGUUUGCCUAUUCCAAAACUUGAAGACACAAUUAGAAGAUACCUGACUGCUCAAAAGCCUCUCUUAGAUGAUGACCAGUUCAGGAAAACUGAACAACUUGCUAUCAAUUUUGAGAAUGGAAUUGGUAGAGAAUUACAUGGGCAACUGGUUGCACAAGACAAGCAAAACAAGCAUACUAGUUAUAUUUCUGGUCCUUGGUUUGACAUGUACCUAGGGGCACGUGAAUCUGUUGUUUUGAACUUCAAUCCAUUCAUGGUUUUCAACCCUGACCCCAAAGCUGAAUAUAACCACCAGCUCACAAGAGCAACUAACAUGACUGUUUCUGCUUUGCGUUUCUUGAAGACUCUCAGGGCUGGCAUUUUAGAGCCAGAGAUUUUUCACCUCAACCCAUCCAAAAGUGACACUCAGGCUUUUAAAAAGUUCAUUCGAUUUGUGCCUUCUUCUCUUUCGUGGUUUGGUGCUUACAUGGUAAAUGCGUACCCACUGGACAUGUCACAGUACUUCAGGCUUUUCAAUUCCACACGAUUGCCUAAGCUAAACAAGGAUGAGUUGUUUACAAAUGAAAAUGAGAGGCAUUUACUGGUGCUUCGAAAUGGAAAUUUUUAUGUGUUUGAUGUGAUAGAUAGAGAUGGGAAUAUAGUGAAACCUUCAGAAAUUCAAGCACACCUAAAAUGGAUCCUUUCUGACAAUAGCCCAAUCCCAGCACAUCCCCUUGCUUGUCUGACUAGUGAAAACCGGAAUACGUGGGCGACACUGAGACAGAACUUACUUGACAGUGGCAACGAAGAAGCCUUAGGAAAAGUGGAUUCAGCAAUAUUUUGCUUGUGCCUUGAUGACUUUCCACUUGAAGACCUCAACCACUUGUCCCAUACCAUGCUCCAUGGUGAUGGCAUCAACAGGUGGUAUGACAAAUCAUUUAACCUUAUUUUAGCCCAAGAUGGCACUGCAGCAAUUCACUUUGAACACUCGUGGGGAGAUGGCGUAGCUGUGCUUAGAUUCCAAAAUGAAGUGUUUAAGGACAGCACCCAGUCACCUGCAAUUACACCUCAGUCUCAGCCUGCUCCAGUGGAUUCUGCCACAGCUGUACAGAAACUGAACUUCACACUGAACAAUGCCUUAAAAAAAGGAAUCGCUAAAGCCAAACAAAAUUUUGAUGCUACUGUGAAAACCUUGACUCUGAAGACCUUCCAGUUUGAAAGGGGAGGCAAGGAGGCAUUAAAGAAACAGAAACUAAGUCCUGAUGCUGUAGCUCAGCUUGCCUUCCAGAUGGCUUUUCUACAGCAGUAUGGCCAAACCGUUCCCACCUAUGAAUCCUGCAGCACAGCAGCAUUCAAACACGGUCGCACUGAAACCAUCCGUCCUGCCUCAAUUUAUACAAAGGCAUGUUCAGAGGCUUUUGUUAGGAGGUCGUCCAAACACAGUGCAGCGGAGCUGCGACAGAUGAUUGCAGAGUGCUCCAAGUAUCACAACCAGCUCACAAAAGAAGCUGCUAUGGGUCAGGGAUUUGAUCGUCACUUGUAUGGUUUGCUGUGUCUCGCAGAAUCCAGCGGAACUCCUUUGCCAGGUUUUUACCAGGACCAAGCAUAUGCACAGAUUAAUUACAACAUUCUCUCAACAAGCACUCUGAGCAGCAUAGCUGUGAAUAUGGGUGGAUUUGGGCCAGUAGUGCCUGAUGGUUUUGGUGUAGCAUAUGGAGUGCAUGAUAACUGGAUUGGAUGCAAUGUUUCUGCCUAUCCAUCCAGGAAUGUUGAAGAAUUCCUCCAGUGUGUGCACAAGUCACUGGAAGAUAUUUUUAAUGUUUUGGAAGGUAAACAAGUUAGCAAUUAAGAUACAGCAGAACUGGCUUUCUUAAAUGCACAGUGCUUGGCUAAAGACUUUAAUAUUUUGGCUAGAAUUUGAAGAUAAACUUUACUGUAUUGAAAGAAUGAGAUUGUCAAGGGGAAAAAUCAUGUAUUUAAUUCUAUGUGUUGGAUCCAGAGUAGACCCAUUAAAAUCAAUGGGACAAGCUAAUCAGGACUUAAUUAUUUUAAUGGGUCUAUUCUAAGCAGGACUAAAUGUGGAUGAACCCCUUGUGUACAUCCAGUUUUAAUACUAUCAAUUAUAAAAUAAUGCUGCCUUUGUAGUUACCUGUCAGCAAAGGCAUGUUUUCACAGUUUACAUUUCUAGGCUGCUUAAGACACAGCAUAGGGUUUCGUCCUUACACAAAUUAAUUUGAUAACUUUUAAUAGUGUACAUGAACUUAUAGGAUACAAACUAUUAAGUAAUGUAUACAAGAUGCUCUGUUAAGUGUUCAGAUGCCUAAUUUAAACAUACUGAAACCCUUUUAUCAGAAUACUGUCCAAUAAUGAAACAUAUUUUUGAGCAAGGAGCUAUCCAUUCUUAACUACCCUGGCUGAAAGCUUUAGUAGAAUGGAGUCGUUUUCAUGUUACAUUUCUACCUUAUAACAAUGUAUGAUUUAAGGGAAACUUUUGGAUGCAUCAAAACAGCAUCUACUAGAAUCUCUCUUCAACAGGCAAUACAUGUAGCUAAAGGUUCAGUUCACACAACACUUUUCUCUAUGCAGUGUGAAAACUCCACACAACAUAUUCCAGAUCCAUCGUUGUGUGAAUGUGGGCUCCCAUCGAGUAGAGUAAAAUUCAACGUGGUAUUUGAUUGACAGUUCCUCCUCCCCCAGUCUUCCCGAUGCUAUCCCAUCAGCCAUUGCUGUGAAAAAAACAAUCCCAGCAGGUCUCCUAGAGUGACACCUCCUCUUUUGACUGUUCUAGCCAGGGCACUCUGUAGCCAGCGGGGAAACUACACUCGAUGCAGCAGAAACUCCACGGAGCCCUCCAGACAACAUGGAACACAACGGUUGUGCAGGAACUCUCCUCUGCACAGUGUGCAUAUUCAGGGUAGAGUGUUUUCCCUCCAGAGCACACAUUUCUCAACGGUGGUGUAACAACUCCACCAUGGAGUUCUAAAACCAUCAUUGAGAAAUAUGUUGUCUGAACUGAGCCAAAGUGAGCUUUCAUUACAUAGACAGUAGCCAGCUUCAGCAUCAUCUAAGUUGUUUGGCAGACUAGGGACACAAUCCUGUGCAUGUUUAGACACGGCUGGCUGGAGGGAUGCUGGCAGUUGUAGGACUUAAAUUGGAUUCAACUAAACUCAUUGUGAAACUGUUUUCUAAAAUGUUUCUUAACAUGGGAGUUUCAAGAAGGAUCAAAAAUGUACCUCAAGUUAAAUGUAAGAAUACAGAGGCACAACUUGUUUCUGAAAGAUAUACAUUUAGGGCAGCUAUCUUGUUUUUCUUGGUGCAUUAAGUAGAAUGUCAGUCUAAAAUGUGCCUCUCUAUUGGGAAGCAUUUUGCUUCAGGAUUAAAGUGAAACUCAAAUGUGAACUGUCAGCAAUCUUAUAUUAAAUAUUCAGAUGGUUA